AUGCAACAAGAUAAACAACUCCUAAACGGCAUUCCUUCUCAACCAGCAAGGGCUCUGACGCUUUCUCUACGAAAACCGUUCUGCAACAGGUCAAUCAGUCACUACUGCGCUGGCUUCGGCAAACAGGGUCCACCGCGACGCGGAGGACGGCGAGGAAAGGCAUCCACCAAAAAAGAGGAAGUCUACCCAGACGACGAGGACGAAGCGGCUGCGCCAAAGAAGGGCCGUACCGCUACUUUUACUCCCACGCCUCUAACGGCCACAAUUCCGAACGUCACGGCCCUGGCCACAAUUCCGACUACCACGGUGCGCUUCCGUAGAGGACCCGACACCCUCCCGGGGUGCGGGGAUGACCUCGUUGUCGAUCUCUUUGGUGUCUCGGGCUUUCAACGAAGUUCAGAACGGGCAGCUGGCCAGGAUGCCACAAAAAGUCGUCUACAAGCGGAUUCCGCAGCUCGACGAGGACGGGAACCCUCUCAUACGCCCGAAUAG